GGCUCGUGACGCAUCGGGCAAGGUUACGUCAUCAGAGUGCGCUGCAGUCUCAAAGGAGGAGGUGGCAGGCAGAUAGCACCACUUGGAAACAACAGUUAUUUGUUGUUUGGGGACGGCCCGUUUUCCACUGACACUGCCAAAGAGCAGCCUCAGACAUGCCGAAGAAGUUCCAGGGCGGGAACUCCAAGGCGGCCACAGCUAAAGCCCGCAAGGCUGAGGCCAAGGCGAUAGCAGACAACCAGAGGAGGCAGGAGGAAGAGGACGCUCUGUGGCAGGAAAAUGACAAACACGUACUGAAAAAAGAGCAGAGGAAGGAUGACAAGGAGAAGAAGAGGCUGGAGGCCCUGGAGAGGAAGAAGGAAAACCAGCGGCUCCUGGAGGAGGAGAGUUCCAAGUUGAAAGGCAAAACCAAGGAGGCUGGACCUGGAGGAAAAGUGACCCGCGCCCAGAUCGAGGAGACGCUCCGUGCUGAUCAGCAGCAGCAGCAGCAGGAACAAGGCAAGAAAGCAGAGAAGAGCCACCUGGAGACUCCCUUGGAGGAGAACGUGAACAGGGUUAUCCCUGAUGAAGGAACCAUGGUAGCCAGAACAAUAGAAGACGCCAUUGCCAUGCUGAGCACGGAGCCUGAGGACCUGGACCGCCACCCUGAGCGCAGGCUAAAGGCAGCAUUCAACGCCUACGAGGAGGUCAACAUGCCUCGCCUUAAAAAGGAGAACCCCAACAUGAGGCUGUCGCAGCUCAAGCAGCUGUUGAAGAAAGAGUGGAUGAAGGCCCCGGAGAACCCCCUGAACCAGCGCUUUGCCACCUACAACUCAAAGUGAACACACUCCCUCCCUGCGGCCCCCCCCCCAUCUCCAUUUAAAAGCUGUCGACCUAUGCACAUUGGGAACUUACAAAAGCAACUGUUUCACCCAAAUAUGAUUUCUGCUGAUGAAAGCUUCACCGCCGCCCGCCCAGAAACAAAAUCUCUGAUACCACAGGACUUUUGUUGUUCUAUUCAGGUUUAGCGAGGAGAUUUUUCUCUGUCAUAUCAUAACCGACGGUCACGUCUGCGUGCGUGGCCUCCAGUCAGGCUUUUGAGCAUCCAAUGAAUUUUAUUUACAUGUUAGAGCACUUGAGGAGAGAUGGGAAGCCACUUGUUUUGAGAUUAAAGUAAUUUAAUGAAGUUCACAGCCCCAUUACUGGCAUCUGUUUUUGUGUUGAAUGUGAGACUUACCCUCUACCUGCAUCUUUGGGGUUAAAGGCCCUGUAAAUGAAUUGAACCAAGCUUGUUGCAGAUAUUGUCGGCUAAUUCAGAACAGAAGUUGAAGUUACUGUAUUUAACUUCUGCCUUUCUUUAUUAAAAGAGAACAUUGACUAUAAUUUUGCACCCAGGGUGUAAAGUGACAACUAACCACUUGCCAAAUUCAUGUGCAUUUUAGCUUUGACUGUUAAUUUUGUAUACCCUACUAACUGUUUUGGCAGGUAACUAAUGAGGCCCCUUUGUCUUGUAAAGAGCAGUUUGCCUGCUGAAACAGCAAGAGUUGGCCUUGAAUUUCCAAAGCCAAAGCUUGAGCCACACACUGAACCGCUUCCCGCUCAGUAAUUGUAUGUUGGAUCUGGAUAAUGGCAUCCUUUUUGCAUUCAGAAAACAUCAAAUGUGUAUUGACUGCACUGUAUCUCUUAACUUUGGAAUUGGUGCUACUGUUUCAGCACCAUCAUUCUCAUCCAUGUGCUUGCCUAAUGGUAGCUGAUGGCUCCUCUCCAGUCAUUUAAGGUGUUGUCCUCAGCAUGGUUUGGUUGAGGAGAGCCAAGAGCAAAAGUUGUCAUUUGAACAUGACACUUCAUAUGCCGACAGGUGUACAAAGAACGGUACAUCAAGUGGUAAAUCAAAACCACCCAGCGAAAUCAUCACUGGGGCUGGUUACCGACUUUUAUCAAGAAAAGAAAACUGUUGCUAAGUUGCCUUUAAAAGCAAGGUGUGUGAACUGGAAAUAGGUAAAAAGGAGGAACAAGUUGAGCUGCUACUGUACGGUGUUCAGCAAAACAAAGAUUCUGUUUUAGUGAUUCAUUGAUUAGUCUCAAAAAGUCCACCAGACCCUUUGGUUCUUAGCGAGCCAUAACUUUGACAUCUUGCUCUGUUUCAAUAAUCCAGCGGGUAAAACAGUGAGAGCAGUCUUUGACUUUUGAGAUCACCAGUCCUGGUCAGUGCUGAUGUUGUGAUCGCCAGGGUUAUGUUGGUGCUUUAUUCAGAUUGAGGGCUCAUGAUACAGUGGAGGAGUGUGCGUGGUUGCAGCCUUGUGUUUACACUCUUGCCAUUUUCUCGCCAGUAACUAAUGACAAAGCUAUUUAUGAAAUUGGUAGCAUAAGAGCAGAGCUCGGUCGUAAUGCUGAUAGUUGGAAAAAUUGCAUAGGUACUUUACUAUUUCAUCUUCAAGAAAAACAACUUCAAAGGCCACCAAUAAAUUGCAUCUACAAAAUUCA